AUUAAAAAUUGAACAUCUGAAUAUAUUGGAACAAUUAUUUAUAUAUAUAUCUUGAUAAAACUUAUUUCAAUUAACUGAAAAUAUGACGACAAUGGAAGAAAUUAAGGAUGAUGAAAUGCCUUCAAAUGUUUUAGAAAAUUUUAGUGAAUUAGAAGAAGUUUUGGGUAUGAUCGAUGAUCUCAAAGAAUGUUAUUGUAAAAAUUUUGAAAAAACUUACGAAAAAUUUGUGGAGAUAUUAUCUAGAUAUCAAGAACAACCUCAUUUGUUAGAUCCCCAUUUACCAACAUUACUAAAUAAAUUGCUUACAAUAAUUAAGGACAAAGACAGUCCAACAUUACUUGUCCAUGGGAGUUUUAAAUAUAUGUAUACAAUAUCAAAAGUAAGAACAUAUAAAGCCCUGGUCAAAUUUCUGCCUCAUGAAUUAAGUGAUUUGGAAUUUGCUCUUGAUCUAUUAGAAAAACAAGAUUUAAAAGAUUCAGCAAAUUGGGAGACAAGAUAUGUAUUAUUGUUAUGGAUGUCAAUUCUUGUAUUAAAUCCCUUUCACAUGUCUAGGCUCGAUGCCUAUGUUGAUCGUGCUGAUGGAAUAAAUCAUUCAGCACAAACUACUAAAAUGGAAAGAAUUUUUAAUUUAUGCCUUAAAAAUAUUGAAAAUAAUGAUACUUGCUCUAGCAUUGCUGCAUUCUUAUGCGGAAAGUAUAUUAUUCGUGUUGAUGUAAAAGAAUUGUAUAUGAAAAAAUUUUUUGAACACGUCAUGCGUGAAAAUAAUGCUGAAACAGAAACAGCGAAGUAUGGGCAACUAGCUGCAGUUGCCUCGAUUUUAAAAAAUGGUAAACGCGAUGAUCUACUGGAAUAUAUUGAUAUGUUAUUAAAAUGGAUACUGUCUUGUAAUUACAAAAAUGAUUCAGCAUUUUUGAAAUAUAAACAUUACAUAAAAAUAAUUCAAAGAAUUGGAUUAGUAUACUUAAAACCUAGAGUCGCGUCGUGGAGAUAUAAACGUGGCGUACGCAGUUUAGCAAUCACGCUGCGAAAUUCGAAUGAAAAUGAAAAAUUUUCUCUCCAGGAUAGUAAUAAACAUAACGAUGAUGAAGAAGAUAUAGUUGUACCAGAUGGUAUAGAAGACGUUAUUGAAGAACUUCUAGGAGGCUUAAGAAGUGCCAGUAGCGACAUAAGAUGGAGUGCUGCGAAAGGAAUUGGCAGAGUAACAAACAGGCUCUCAAAAUGCUUAGGCGAUGAAGUCGUUGGUUCAGUAAUUGACAUUUUAGACCCAUUUGAGUCUAAUGAAGGGUGGCAUGGAGCCUGCCUUGCUAUUGCUGAACUCUCGAAACGUGGCCUUCUUUUGCCAUAUCGAUUAAAAACAAUGGUACCAUUACUAUUGCAAGCGCUUUUUUAUGACGAAAUUAAAGGUUAUAUGUCAGUAGGACAGCAUAUUCGAGAUGCCGCAUGUUAUAUGUGCUGGGCUUUUGCCAGAGCUUAUGAUCCGGAAGAUCUGCAACCAUUUGUAAAGCAAAUUGCAGCUGGAUUGCUUGCUGUUGCCGUUUUUGACAGAGAAAUUAAUUGUAGAAGAGCUGCAUCAGCUGCUUUUCAAGAAAGUGUUGGUCGUCUUGGCAAUUUUCCUCAUGGUAUUGACAUAUUAACGGUAGCUGACUUUUAUUCUGUUGGAAUGCGAUCUAAUUGCUUCUUGAAAAUUAGUUGCUAUAUAGCGCAAUUUGAAGAAUACAAAAAACCUUUAAUUGAUCAUUUAAUUGAACGGAAAAUAUGUCAUUGGGAUGCUGUUGUCAGAGAUUUAACGGCUAAAGCCUUACACAAAUUAACUUGGAGUGCUCCAGAAUAUAUCGCAAACGAAAUUUUACCAAAAUUGUUUGCCAAAACUACAUCCGUAGAUGUUACUGUAAGGCAUGGAUCUGUUUUAGCAAUAGGAGAAAUCACACUGGCUUUGAAGCUAAUCGAGGACGAAAAUAAAGGGAAAUCGCUCUCACGACUCCUAAGUAAUCAGGUGGUAAAUGACCUUAAUGAAAUUAUCUCAAGAUUUCUGGAAAAGGAUUCAUUUAGGGGUGUGAGUGGCGAAAUUAUGAAAGAAUGUUGUACAAGUUUUAUUAAUAAUUGUAGUAAAGCAAAAAUUGAAGUGAACAGUAAUUGUAUAGCGUCGUGGCAAGAAGUUGUUGAUAAAUCUUUAAUCAAUAAGAAUUCGCAAAUUAGAGAAAAUGCUUCUUUAGCUCUUAACGAACUGUGUAAGACUUAUUAUAGCAAAUCUGAAGAGACUAAUAUUAUUCCAAUUGUGGAGUUUUAUAUAAAGAGGUCUGAAAACGAUUUAGAAGAAGAAAUACGAAUGGGAUAUAUAAGUGCAUUAGGUGCUCUGCCUAAAUUCAUGAUAACAAUGAAACUGAAUGAAAUCGUCAAUAGUUUAAUAAAACAUUCCCUUCCACCAAAAAGUUCGAUUCCGACCAGUGCAGUAAGUGAACAAAAUGUAAAAAUGGCAUUAGAAAACCCGAUAACAUAUAAUUGGUCUGAAGCUCGACGGGAAAGCAUCAAAGCACUAGCUAAUGUUGUCCAAACUGUCGGUUUUGAAAACGACACUGAGUUUUCGAUGGCAAACCCAAAAUUAUUUUCCAAAAUUUCUGAGUGUUAUUUAAAAGCACUAGAAGAAUAUACGCUUGAUAAUCGAGGUGACAUUGGUGCUUGGGUGCGAGAAGCUGCAAUGACUGCAUUAUUUCAGUUAAUAACAACUUGUCCUCGUGAACUUCUCACACCUAGUUUUAUUCAUCAAGUAAUGACAGAAUUAGCACAACAGGCCGUAGAAAAAAUUGAUAGAACUCGGGGUUUGGCUGGAAGGCUUUUUUACAGUUUAGUUUUUUAUGAGCCUAAACUUCCUUAUAUAAUGUACCAUCAGGAAUUGAGACUGAUUUUUCCAGAAGAUAAUACAAAAAUUCUGUGGUUAUUUGCAGACCAUACUUUUCCGUAUUUUUGUUCAAUGCUAAAGUUUGCUGAAUAUUCUCCUAAAAUAAUUUUGGGUUUAACUGCAAGUAUUGGACAGCUAACAGAAAGUUUGGUAAAAUACUCUUCAACUUCGUUUUUUGAUUUUCUUCGUGCGAAUCCAGAAACUAUACCAAGAAUUUGUAAUGAAAUAAUUAAAGUAUUUGAGCAAAAUUCAAUGAAUGAAAGAGUUACUUAUCCAAUUUUGAACUUUUUAGAUAUAUUAUUAAGCUCAGGUGUCAUUGAAGAAAUAUUAAUUGAUGAAAAUUCAAAUUUUGCAAAUGAAAUUUAUCGUUUAGUUAGUAUUGAAAUAAAGGGUCACAAAAAACUUUAUAAACUAGCUUCAAGUAUUAAUGUUUUCUCGCAAUUAAUUCAAGUGCCUCAAUUAAUGAAUAAAAUUUUUUCCAAAAUGGCAAUAUUUUUGGGUUUAACACACGUGCAUAUUAGAAAGACAACUGCUACAAAACUUUAUGAAGCACUUGCAUUAUAUGGUGAAAAUUGUAAUAUUGAUGAAACAAAAUUAGAAAAAAUACUCGAAUUACUUUCUGAAACUGAUUGGGGAAUGUCAUUAAAUGACGUAAGACCUAUACGAAAUGAAAUUUGCAUGCUUUUAGGAAUUAAACCACCUGUAAGUGCAGGAGCAACAAGCAUAAAAUAAAAUUUAUAGCUUAGUAUACGAAUAUGAUAUUUUUUUCGAAAUUGUGAUUUUAUUUUUCCAGUUUUUUUUUUUUUUAUUAAUAAUGUCUCAAAAAAUAUGUAUUGCAAGCUUUAAAAGUAAUAUUGCACAUAAUUUCUUCAUUUUUUUUUUUUUACAUUUAAUAAUUGUAAUGUAU